AGCUGUGGCUGGUGUAGACUUCCGACUGUGGCGCAAGCCCUGCGGGACAAUUAUCGCUGUGAAGCUCCCGAGUUAAGAACCAGAACGGACAUUGACCAGCGAGAUUCCACAGCGCUCGAACAAUCUGACAGCUACGCCUCGAGUGCUAUUAUCUGUGCUUUCUUACGUUGUUCAAUUCUCAGAUAUUUAUAUUUUCCGGCCUGGCGGGGAACAUGUCAUCUAACCACGCUUCUCUCGAUGCGGCGGCAACAGAACGCAAGGCAAGACUAGCCAGACUUGCAGCGCUGAAACGGAAACAACCAGAACCAGAGUCAUCCGUGGACAAUCCUCCCAGAGACGAGGAGCUUGGAGACGCAGCCCCCGAUGUCACCACGUCAUUCCUGUCUGGGCGAAAUUACGACCCCGAAACGCGCGGCCCGAAGCUUGGAUUUGAACAUGCUCCAACAGAUGGGCAGAUCACGUUGGAGGAAAAGGCCGCUGAGAUAGCAAAAGCUACCGCCGAACAAGCAAAGAAGGAAGAAGAGGCAGAACAACCAAUUGAUCUAUUCAAACUGCAACCGAAGAAGCCAAACUGGGAUCUGAAGCGUGACUUGGAUGAAAAACUGAAGAUUCUGAACGUCCGGACCGAGAAUGCCAUCGCGAGACUCGUACGACAGCGCAUAGAGAAUGCGCAGCGUGAAGCAAGAGGCAAACCUUCCAGAAACGACGGAGAGCAGCAAGGGGAGGAAGUUGGGAUGGAAGGCGGAACGCUGGUGGAAGGUAUUCACGUUCGUGAAAGGGAAGAGGAAGAAGCGCGGAAUAGAGAAGAGGAUGAAACGCUGUGAUACCCGAUUGUUGAAAAAGCUUUUAUGGAUGGUUCUUCCUGUAUCUGGCGUUAGAGGCACAUUGGGGGACGCGGUUGAGGAAGUAAAAUGGCGCAACAGGUAUCUAUGGUAUUGCAGCUCCAUUAUCAUUAUGUAAUCUUUGGUAACAAUACAUGAUCAAAAAUAAUUUUCAGCUCCGAAAAUGCAGGAUUCUGGUAGACCUUGCCAGUGUACCUCAUCUCCCCAUAUUCAUAGCUUGUGUGAGAGCGAGCCGCUUACUGAAGGGGCUCAAAC